AAUUAAAAUGCUUCAAGAACAGUAUAGAUUCUUUGGUAAAGAGAUAGUCAAUUCAUCUGGUGAAUUUUAUAAAGAAAACAUUGACAGAAAUAAAUCGAAACAUUUAACAGUAGUACCUAGAUAUUUAAAACUUAAUUUAUGGUGUGGAGAAAAGGAAAAUUAAAUGGAAGAAGAGCCUAAUAUUAACUAAUUAUGUCAAUUUGAUUAAUAAAUAAUAAAGGAUCCAUAAUUUACACCAAUAUACAAUUAAGAAAUAUUUUAAUAUUUAUUAAGUUAAGAAUAGAAAUAUCUAGUUAGUAAUAAUUAUAUGAAUGAAUAAUAAUAACCAGACUUAAAUGCAAGAAUGAGAUCUAUUUUAGUUGAUUGGUUAGUAGAUGUUCAUCUUAAAUUUAAAUUAAGGGAUGAAACCUUAUAUAUAACAUCAUAUUUAAUUGAUAGAUUUUUGAAUAUUCAAAAAACAACUAGAUAAUAAUUAUAAUUAGUAGGAGUAGCUUCAUUAUUUAUUGCUUGUAAAUAUGAAGAAAUUUACCCACCAGAUCUAAAAGAUUUUGUAUAUAUUACUGAUAAUGCAUAUACAAAAUAAGAUGUCUUAGAUAUGGAAGGUCAAAUAUUGUAAACUCUAGGUUUCUCAAUUACACAACCAUCUAGUUAUUGUUUUUUAUAAAGAUUUGGAAGAAUAGCUGGAUUAGAUACAAAAAAUUUAUUUUUAGCCCAAUAUUUAUUGGAACUUUCAAUAAUCGAUAUCAAAUUCAUGAAUUAUAAACCAUCUUUCUUGACUUCUGCAGCUAUCUAUUUAGUUCAUAAAAUAAGGUAUCAAACUUAUAUUUUCAUAGAAAGACACCUUAAUCUUGGAAUGAAGAGAUGUAAAAUACAACAGGAUAUAAUGAAUAAGAACUAAGAUUUUGUGCUAAAGAAAUGUGUUUGGUACUUUAAUCAUCAGAUAAAUCUAAUCUUUAAGCAGUAAGAAAGAAAUUUGCUUAGCCAAAAUAUCUAGAAGUUUCAAGAAUUAGAGUAGAAAGACAAACAAAAUCAUAAAAAUGA